AUGUGGCGGCUGGGCGCGGCCCGGGCGCGGCCCGCAGCGCUGAGAGGGGCCCGGGGACGGCGGGGAGGAGGAGGCGGCCUGGCCCUGCGAUGCCGGCCCGGUACCGGCGGCUGUGGGUCGGCGGGGGGAGGAGAUAAACAUCUGAUCAAAGAAGAUGAUAGAAAGACAGUUAUAUGUAUCGAGGGGAACAUUGCAAGUGGGAAAACAACAUGCCUGGAUUAUUUUGCACAAACUACCAGCAUUGAGGUUUUGACAGAACCGGUGUCUAAGUGGAGGAAUGUUCGUGGUCAUAAUAUCCUGGGCUUAAUGUACCAAGAUGCAUCAAGAUGGGGGAUAACAUUACAGACUUACAUACAGCUUACCAUGUUGGAGCAGCAUACCAGACCAAUGAUUUCCCCCAUCCGAAUGAUGGAGCGAUCAAUUCACAGUGCAAAAUACAUUUUUGUAGAAAAUUUGUAUCGAAGUGGAAAAAUGCCAGAGGUGGAUUAUGUCGUCCUAACCGAAUGGUUUGACUGGAUCCAGAACAACACGGAUGUUUCGGUUGAUUUGAUAGUUUAUCUGCAGACAUCUCCUGAAGUCUGUUAUGAGAGGUUAAAAAGAAGAUGCAGAGAAGAGGAAAAGAUCAUUCCUCUGGAGUAUUUAGAAGCUAUUCAUCAGCUCUACGAAGAGUGGCUCAUUAAACAUACACUGUUUAAAGUUUCCUGCCCAGUGCUUGUUAUUGGAGCUGAUCAUGACGUACAGAAAAUGAUAGAAAAGUACGAAGAAAACCGGGACCAAAUUCUAAACCCAUAUAACAUGCAACACCAUUUAUAGAAGUCUGCGGUUGUUGUAUUUUAAAAAAAUGUUUAUGAAGUCUUAUUUGUUGAGUAUUUUUAGUAUUUCUAAAUACAAGGUUUUUUGCUUUUGAA